AUGAAUGAAUUUGAUGGACAACGAGAGCAGCAACAGCAGCAGCAAGUCCCUCCCCCUGCCAUUCAAUCGGUGCAAGCAGCCGUGGCCAUGCAACAGAGAGGCAACAGAAUUGCUCCCAUUGCCAAACCUGUUGGCUUGGAUCCCCUGAUCAUGUUACAGGAGAGAGAGAACAGAAUGGCCAAUAGGAUUGUUGCACGCAUUGAUGAACUUGAGAACAUGCCAACCAUCAUGUCAGAUGAAUUGAGGGUGAAGGCAAUGAUCGAACUGAGGGCGCUUAGGUUGCUGAAUUUUCAGAAGCAGUUGAGGAAGGAGGUGGUCCAGUGCAUGCGACGCGACACCACACUCCAGACGGCUCUCAACUUGAACGCCUACAAACGUCAGAAGCAUCAAUCACUGAGGGAGGCCAGGAUUACAGAGAAGCUCGAAAAGCAGCAGAAGAUUGAACAAGAGAGGAAGAGGCGACAGAAGCACCAGGAAUAUUUGAACGCCAUCUUGCAACAUGCACGUGACUUCAAAGAGUUCCAUAGAACGGUCUCGGCGAAGGUUGUAAAACUGAACAAGGCAGUCAUGGUCUACCACAUGAACACGGAGAGGGAGCAGAAGAAGGAGCAGGAGAGGAUUGAGAAGGAGAGGAUGAGGAGGCUGAUGGCAGAAGAUGAAGAGGGCUACAGGAACUUGAUUGAUCAGAAGAAGGACAAACGUCUGGCCUUCCUCCUUUCGCAGACAGACGAGUAUGUCUCGAACCUCACUCGUCUGGUUGCACAGCACAAACUGGAAGCGAAGCGCAAACAGAAACAACUCAAGAAACAAAAAAAACAAGAGAAAAUGGCGGCACUGGCAGCAGCUGCAGCUGAUGGAGCAGCUGCUGCAACCGCAGCUUCCUCAACAAACGGUGAUCCCCAGGACGAGACGUCAAACCCCACGAGCGACACGAGGGUGCAUGUGAUCGAAACUUCGACUGGUCGUCUGUUGGCCGGUGACGAUGCUCCACUUGCCAGCCAGCUGGAUGCCUGGCUCGAGAUGAAUCCUGGGUACGUGUUCCAAGUAGCACCCAGGGAUGACUCAGAAGACAGUUGUGAUGAUGAUGUUAGUCGGUACUCGGAGGACGACAGAGGUGAUGAUGAUGAGAUAUCCGAGAAACAAAUCCAAGUUGCGGUCAAGUCGGCAGUCUCGAAUGAGGACGACGAGUACAAAGCCAGCCAGCAGACCUACUACAACAUUGCACACAGCAGCAUGGAGGCCAUCACCGACCAACCCGCCAUGCUGGUUGGCGGUCAGCUGAAGGCCUAUCAGAUGAAAGGUCUGGAAUGGAUGGUUUCCCUCUACAACAACAACCUCAACGGCAUCCUGGCUGACGAGAUGGGUCUAGGGAAGACCAUUCAGACGAUCGGACUCAUCACCCACCUGAUGGAGAGGAGGAGGGUGAAUGGACCAUUCCUCAUCAUUGUGCCCCUUUCCACGAUUUCCAACUGGAUGCUGGAGUUCGACAAGUGGGCCCCAUCGGUCAUCAAGAUAGCCUACAAGGGCUCGCCCAACAUGAGGAAGAACUGCCAGCCCCUCCUCAGGAGUGGCAAAUUCAACGUACUACUGACGACGUACGAGUAUGUCAUAAAGGACAAGGCCAACUUAGCUAAGAUUCGUUGGAGGUACAUGAUAAUAGACGAGGGCCACCGCAUGAAGAACCACCACUGCAAACUGACCCAGGUACUCAACACCUACUACACUGCACCCCACAGACUGCUCCUCACUGGAACCCCUCUGCAGAAUAAGCUGCCGGAACUGUGGGCCCUCCUGAACUUCCUCCUGCCGAGCAUCUUCAAGUCGUGUGCCAACUUCGAGCAGUGGUUCAACGCCCCGUUCGCAAUGACCGGGGAGAAGGUGGAGUUGAACAACGAGGAGACCCUGCUGAUCAUCAGACGUCUGCACAAAGUUCUUCGACCCUUUCUAUUGAGGAGACUGAAGAAGGAGGUGGAAUCUCAACUGCCAGAUAAGGUAGAGUACGUGAUCAAAUGCGACAUGUCGGCCCUCCAGAGACUCCUCUACAGACACAUGCAGACCAAGGGGGUCCUGCUGACUGAUGGCUCCGAGAAAGGGAAACAUGGCAAGGGGGGCAGUAAGAUCCUCAUGAACACGAUCAUGCAACUUCGAAAGAUCUGCAAUCAUCCAUUCAUCUUCCAGCAGAUCGAAGAGGCCUUUGUUAAGCAGCAUGGAGUCAGUGCUGAGUUAGUGUCGAGUGCCGACCUGUACAGAGCAAGUGGGAAGUUUGAAUUGUUGGAUCGCAUGCUGCCAAAAUUGAAGGCCACCGGUCACAAAUGCCUGCUCUUCUGCCAGAUGACCUCACUCAUGACCAUCAUGGAAGACUAUCUGCUGUUCAGAGGCUACAAGUACCUGCGUCUGGACGGCACGACGAAGAGUGAGGAUCGUGGUCAGCUAUUGAGCAUCUUCAACAAUCCAGAGUCCGAGGUGUUCCUCUUCAUCCUGAGCACGAGGGCCGGUGGUCUGGGGCUCAACCUCCAGACUGCUGAUACGGUCAUCAUAUUCGAUUCAGAUUGGAACCCCCACCAGGACUUGCAAGCCCAGGAUCGUGCCCACAGGAUUGGACAGAAGAACGAGGUCCGUGUCCUUCGGCUGAUGACCGUCAACUCGGUAGAGGAGAGGAUCCUCGCCGCUGCCCGCUACAAACUCAACGUCGACGAGAAGGUCAUUCAAGCUGGUAUGUUCGAUCAGAAAUCGACAGGUCAGGAGAGGCAGCAGUUCUUGCAAGCCAUUUUGCAGCAGGAGAAUGAAGAAGAGGAGGAGGAGAAUGAGGUGCCUGACGACGAGACGAUCAAUCAGAUGCUUGCCAGGACUGAAGCCGAGUUUGAAAUAUUUCAGCAAAUGGACCUGGACAGACGCCGAAACGAAUCACGAGACCCGAAAAGAAAGCCACGAUUGAUGGAAGAAAGCGAACUGCCCAGCUGGCUCCUCAGGGACGAGAAGGAGAUGGAACGACUGACCUACCUGGAGGAGGAAAAGAUCCAACCUGGGGACAAGAGGAAGAGGAAGGAGGUCGACUACUCGGACACACUCACCGAGAAGCAGUGGCUCAGGGUCAGUUGGUCUGGAGAAAUGGUUGCAGUUGGUCUGGGGGGAGGGUUGCAGUUGGUCUGGAGUGAUGGUUGCAGUUGGUCUGGAGUGAUGGUUGCAACGAUGAAGAAGCUCAUUGACAUCGUCAUCAACUAUGCAGAUAGUGAUCGGCGAGUGCUGAGUGAGCCAUUCCUGGUGCUGCCCUCCAGGAGGGAGCUGCCCGACUACUACGCCGUCAUCAAGAAACCCAUGGAUUUCAAGAGGAUCAAGCAAAGGAUAUCAUCAGGGGCUUACUCCAGCGUCGAUGAUCUGGAGGCAGACGUCCUACUGCUGUGCAAGAACGCGCAGACGUACAACGUGGAGGGCUCCCUCAUCUACGAGGACUCCAUCGUCCUCCAAUCCGUCUUCACCAGCGCCAGGGAGCGGCUGGAUCGAUCCGCUCUUCUCGGGAAUUCCAAUCACGGGGGCGGUCCUGUCGGGGGUGGUGGUGAAGUCGGGAGUGGGGAGAACAGUGGCAUGGGUGGUAACGUCGGUGGUAUGAGUAGUAUGGCCGGUGCUGGCAACAUGGGUGGGGCUUGUAAUAUGGCGGGUGUUGGUAAUAUGGGGAGUGCUGGUCGCAUGGGGUGCAUGAGCAACGUGGGGAGUGUGAGCAACAUGAGUGGCCUCAUGAGUGGCAGGGAUAGUACCAGUCAGAUGGUGAGUUGGGGAGUUUCGUCGGCUCUUUGUUUUUUGCGCUGUUUUAAAUUUCCACCAGCAUAA